CUGUAAAUUAAAAAAAAUCAACUUUUCUUUUAUUGAUCACAGAACCAAAGAAAGAAAGAAAAAAAAGUAGAAAAGGAGAAAAUCAGAACUCACUCACUCUCUCUUUCUCUUAAAGUUAUAGCUCCAUGGGCUUCCCCGUAGGUUACACAGAGGUUUUUCUCCCGAAGCUCUUCGUACAAGCGCUUUCGAUUCUCGGUUUCAUGAGAACCAUCGUCUUCUCUCUCUUCCGCUUCUUGGGUCUCUCCGAAUUCCUCGAAAUGGAUCAAAACUGGCCCGAUUACACAUCUUACCCGACCCGAAUACCCGAAAUCCGCUCACCUUUCUCCGCUCUACUCAUCCGCGAGAUCUUACCGGUUAUCAAAUUCGAAGAGCUAACUAACUCCGAAGAAGAACUGCCGGAAAACUGCGCCGUUUGUCUCUACGAAUUCGAAGGAGAGCAAGAGAUCCGGUGGCUGAGAAAUUGCAGACAUAUAUUCCACCGGAGCUGUCUCGACCGUUGGAUGGAUCAUGAUCAGAAGACGUGUCCUCUUUGUAGAACACCGUUCGUUCCAGAUGAGAUGCAAGAAGAGUUUAAUCAACGGCUCUGGGCUGCUUCCGGUGUUCAUGAUUUUCACGGUGAGUACAGUCCCGUGACGGAAUUAUAGACAACGUUUCUUUUGUGCCCUCCUUUUGUCUCCUUUUUUUUCACUUUUUCACCCCUGUACUUUUAAUUUUGCUUUUUUUACCCUUGCUAACAUUAGAUUUGCCACGCUUUUAUGUGUGUGUAUGUUGUAUAUACAUAUGAAUGAGAUGAGCAAUAAACAUAACCAAAAAUAAAAAAA